AUGAUUGCCGCGGAAUGUCAGCUGAAGAUGUCGGAAAAGUGCAUCCUCUACAAGCGGAUGUCAGUUACAGACGGAGUUGAGGUCUUGUGGAAGAGCAGAUUUAUCUUAUCCGUCUCUUGUGUGGAGACGAAAAGCACUAUUCAAGGAGAAGGACCAUCAGAGAAUUGUAAACAACUUAUUCAUCAAGAAUAUCGGGGACAUCAAGGCCAUUUUUAG